CCGAGUUAACCAGGAUGUGAAGCGGCGACUCGAAACCGCGCUCCGCCGAGUCGAACAACGAUUUUACCUCGCUUGGCUGCAAGGCUUUGGCCCGCACCACGAUGUCCGCCGGAAGGUUGUUGAUCUCGGUCGCAAACUGCUCAGCCUCGCCGGAUUUAGAGGCGAAGCUGAUACGAUCUCCGCGCAGGUGGAUUGCUAUGGCUCGCCCGAUCCCCCGAGAAGAGCCUGUGACAAUGGCGACUCGGCCGACCAGGAGCGUCGGAUCGUGGAAAGACGCUCAUUUCUUCUGCAAUCUGGGCAUCAAGAUCCACUACAGGAUUCUUCUUGAAACUUCUCGGAUAAGAAGAAGUUUAGUUUUCUUCGGUCAUCGUACAAAGCGCAUUUUUUUCGUUAUCAGGGAUUUAGGAGAGAAAAUGGGCAGAAUUCUCAGUUCAGUGCUUAGACAAGAGUUGGGGAAACUUGACAUAGAUCCUGACAACCACAAGACGGCAAUGAGAGCUUUGAAAUCUUAUGUUAACGAUCUUGAUGCUAGGGCGAUUCCGUUGUUUGUUGCCCAACUUUCAGAAACAAAAGAAACAGGUUCUGAGCCCGGAGAGUUCACUGUUUCCCUCUUUGAGGAUCUUGCCCGUGCCCACGGUGUCAAAAUUUCCCCUCAUACAGAAAACAUCAUGCAGGUGAUCAUAAGGACAUUGGCCUCUAGUGCAGGUUCUUUUCCCCUUCAACAGGCUUGUUCAAAGGUGGUAUCAGCUAUUGCAAGAUAUGGGAUUGACCCUGGAACUCCAGGAGACAAGAAGAAGGACAUGAUUCACUCUCUUUGCAAGCCAUUGUCAGAUUCACUGCUGGAAACACAAGGGCACCUUGCCUUAGGAGCUGUUGUUUGCUUGAAGGCUCUCAUGGACUGCGACAACUGGCGAUUUGCUUCAGAUGAAAUGGUGAACAAGGUGUGUCAAAACGUAGCUGUCACUCUGGAAGUGACUUCGAGUGAGACUAACUCUUAUAUGGCACUUGUCAUGGCUCUUGCCAAGCACAACCCUUUUAUCGUCGAGGCAUAUACGAGGUUGUUGGUGCAUUCAGGACUCAGGAUUCUGAAUGUAGGUGUUGCUGAGGGUAAUUCUCAGAAGCGGCUUUUGGCAAUUCAGAUGUUGAACUUCCUGAUGAAGAGUUUAGAUCCCAAGAGCAUGUAUUCUGAGAUAGAGUUGAUACUCCAAGAGAUGGGGAAGUUUCGAAAAGAUCCAAUGCACUUUGUCAAAAUGGCAGCUUAUGAAGCCAUGCAAACCGCAAAGAGAUUAACAGGAGAGACAGGUUCAACGGUUGACAGUGCUGUUGAUUCAUGCACCGGAUCAAAUUUCAGCGUGGGGAACCAUAAUGAUAGAAUCUCGGUUAGUGCUAAAGAAGGGUCUAUCAAGUCCAGAUCACAUGAUCCGCAACGCUUACGUUCUUCUGCUAGAGAAGAUUCACCAUGUCUGAGAGAAAAUGCUUCAUACCGCUCUGGCAAUGAUCGUUGGAGUGUAAACCAUAAGCAUGGAACUUGUGCAGAUGUGCAAGCAGAUGAAGAUGAUUUGUUUCCGGGUGCAGCCUGUGGAAGCAUUGUUGCAGGUUUUACUGCGGUGCCACAUGAAUACUAUACUGAAGAGAUUCAUGUGUCACCUGAGAUUCCUAGAAAUGGAUAUCUGCAAAGUUCUAUGCCAUGUCAGAUUCCAAAAUCUCACGCAGAAGCUGAUGACUCUGAUGACAUCUUGAGCCGUCGAAGUGACAUGAACUCUGAGCGUUUCAAGACCGGUGGCUCAAGAAGUUCAAGAAAAAGCACCAAGCCACACUCACAAGAUGGAUAUCCGAGACAUCACCGGCAUGGUUUUGUGCAGGAUCCGUUUGAUGAUGUAAUAGACGACAGAGAACAGAGCACUGAUGGAUCGUCCUCAACAUGUGAUCCCCCUACUACUACUGGUACUACUGUUACAUCUCAAAAUACGGGUGAAGAACCGAGGGCAGACUGGAAUUCUGAGACUAAUAUUCGAAAGGGACGAGGCAAGAGUGUUCUGAGAGUGGGCUUGGGCUUCUUCUCCGUUGCAGUUGCAGGAUUUGCUUCUUUCAUGUGGGUAUAUGUUCGUGAUGAUAUGGCCGUGCAUCAUCUUGUUCCUACAUAAAAAAGUGUUCCCGGCAAGGACAAGACAUUUCUUGGAACUCAGAACUAGGGUUUAGCAGCUUAUAGUGUGUGAGUGUUAGCAUACAGUGUCAAUCUUCCCGUAUAUGGCUUAGAACUAGUGUUGUCAUCUGUUCUUCCCCUGGAAGAAAUAGCCAACGACGUUCCCAAUUUAGAAAACGUUAGCUAACAUCUUUCCCAAAUUCAGCGUUGAAGUGUGCGUUCUCUCUCAUCAGUUUGUGUUACGGCAAUUUCUGAUACAAUUCUUGGCAUAUAACAAAGAAGGAACCAACUCUGUGAGAACUGCAAAAGAUGAAACAGAGAAUCUCAAAGACGAGAUCCUGAUUAAUGUCAAAAUAGCCCAUAUAAUUCUUUCCACUAAACAAACCUGUAACUUCAGAACUCAAAGCCAAACAAAACAAACAGAUUUGACUUCAGGUUGCAGAGACAUUGAAAGCUAAAACCUGAAAGCUUGAGUGUAUACAGACGAGUAGAAGCAAAAUUUUGUUUCUUUAAGAGAGGAGGUAUGAUUAAAAAAAAAAAA